AUGGCCGAUGUUUUUACGGCAGCUUCCUUCUUACCCUCGUGGCGCGCUUUACCUUUUUCAUAUUCGAGAUCCCGCCUCAACUCCGACCGCGACCGCGAGUCCGAUCUGGAUGUGGAUCUCGAACGUGAGCGCGACCGGGACCGACGACGCCUCGACCUGCCAUUGUCAUCACCGAGACGGUCGGAUCGCUGUUUAGCACCGGUUCGAUCACGUGAUCUAGACCUUGAACGAGAGUGUGAAAGAGACCUGGAGCGGGAGCGUCUGCGAGCGGCUGGUCGGCUACGGCUCCGGGUGUGCGGUGGCGACCGAUCAUGCAAGCGGUCACUACGACCUCCAAACCGGGAUGAUCGCUCCUGGACAGGUGAUGGAGACCGGCUAUGCCCUCCUGCUGGUCGUGGUCCUGGCCCCACAUGUGAGGGAGAAGGUGAACGCCUCCGCUCCCGAACCCCUCCUGAACGGCGAUCGCGCGUGGGCGAGGGCGACGGAGAUGGCGUAGGGCGGUUUGGCAUGGUGUGUUCACUGCAGCGGGGACGGAGUAAGAAAGGCGGGGUUCAGGGCUUUCCCUGGCGUUUUUUCGGCAACACUAGAAUAUCAUCAAAAACGCAGGAAUGUGAGCGGUCGAUUUCGGUUCUAUUCGAGGGCGAGGCGGGCGUACGUCUUGUCUGUACUGUGUGUGUAGGGAUUGGGAUGUGCCGUACAAAAAGUGUACCCAAUAAGCCGACCAAUUGCCCGAAAUUCUAA